AUGGGGUGCUUGCAAGAUGCUCGUCGGUCUGUGGCACAAGAUCAAGUUCGGAACGACCUAGAGCGCGACAGCCCUGUGCCGUUUUCUGAAGUCUCUUUGGCUGUGCACCCGGAGACCGUCACAAUACUCACAUCGAUGACGACGCUCAGCUGGUCCAAUAUGGUCUCUGUCAUCGCGGCCGAGGCGUUGAAGCUCCCACUGGGGUUGUUGGAUGUCGUCUUUAUGGGCUAUCUAGGAAUUCCGGAUCCACAGAGCGCGUCGAGGCGUCUGCCAACUCUGCUGAGUAUGAUGGAAAGCUCUGGUGCCACCGAGCCGCUGGACUUCGUAUGUGCUUUUCUGGGCCUCUUGGAUCCCGAAGACCCUGUUCAUGGUUGGCUGAAGCCAGAUUAUAGCAAGAGUGUCGAAGGCAAUAACAUAUUAGGGACAGGGUUACCCAGCUGGGUUCCAGACUGGACAAGCCAGGGCAAGCGGGCGGGGACCUGGACAUACCAGCAGCACUUCAACCGUCUCUCCCACGCGUUUCAAUUCAACCCAUCGGGCGGAUCGGCACUUGACAUAUCUUUCCCGGACCCCAACGUGAUGCAUAUGCGAGGUACCCGGUUCGACCGCAUCGCUGACGUCGGACUAAUGUUGAAAUACAUCGAGCACUAUGGCCCGGAGGAAGACGAGGCGACCUCUACAGCCGACAUGCUCCUGAAUCACUUUCGGUCUUGCGUAUUAGUACUUUUCAAGGCACGCAGGCCAUAUCCCACCGGUCAGAGACUGCACGAGGUCUUCUGGCGAUCGUGUGUCGGGGACAAGCAGUUUGCGCGUCAUGCAUCUGAUUCUCUCGGGGAAGCGUGCCGGGUCUGGGAGGUGAUGGCGAUGCGCUGUCUGUCUGUGGAAUGCACCAAGGGUAACAGAACCGCCAUGGAGGCGCUGGAGGAACUUCGGGAUGUAACGCAGGGAUUGCUGGGCGACGAAGAGACUGGGCUAGGUGUUCUGCUGCAGCUGGUCGGGCUGAUAAUUUCAGACUCGGCAGUUACAGAGGAUCAACUGCUGCGGACGGCAAUGGAGUGGAAUGCUGCGAGGAUGAUGUGCUGUGCUGGACGAGUAUUGUGCGUGACCGAGGACGGGCGGGUUGCAAUCUGUCCGCCGAACACACUUGUAAAUGAUGUGGUUUGCAUUUUCCAUGGUGUCGGGACGCCGUUCCUGCUGCGGCAGAGUUUAGACCCCGAUUCAGCAACGAUGGAGCUGGUGGGCGAGGCUUGUUUGCACGGAGCCAUGGAUGGGGAGGGCGCUUCCUACCACGAACCUGAAAUUUUCAUUGUCGUAUGA